GAUGAUGACGAUGAUGAUGAUGAUGAAGAUGAUGAUGAUGAUGAUGAUGAUGAUGAUGUCGAUGAUGACGACGAUGAUGAUGAUGAUUAUGAUGAUGAUAACGAUGAUGAUGUUGAUGAUGAUGAUGAUGAUGAUGAUGAUGAUGAUGAUGAUGAUGAUGGGAUGAUGAUGUUGAUGAUGAUGAUGAUGAUGAUGAUGAUGAUGAUGAUGAUGAUGAUGAUCGCAUGA